UUAGUAAAAUGUGGUUUCAAAUAUUUUUCGGAAGCCUGUUGGUUGUGCUUUGUGUUGCCGAACCCAGACCGUGCGAUUACAUUGACAGAAUCUUUAGAAUAAACGGAAAUUCGAUUGACUUUCCUUGUGAGUCUACUAAAAACAUUUUUGUUAGUACCGAACGAUAUAAACCUAGCAGUAUCAUACCGAUGCGUUUUCAAAUCGACGGUGACCACGAUCGGUGUUUUGUGGUUAUGAACCGACUACGAAGUGGGAACCCAGUAACAUUGGGAGUGAUUGAUAUGACCCGAUCAAGUUGCUAUGCACACAUUAAGCCGUAUCCAUGUUGGUCGUAUCAAGAAGAAGGGAAUUGUAACGCGUUUCAAUCGGUAGUGGACAUUACCAUUGAUAUCAAAAAACAUAUGUGGGUACUGGACACAGGAAUAUGCAACUCCUUAGAACAGCCAAUCAAACGAUGCACCGCGAAAGUGUUGGCAUUCGACCUGAAUACAGAUAAAACCGUCAAAACUGUCGACUUGACCGACAUCCUAAAACCCCACUCUAGACCGCAAUAUCUCGUUACGGACUAUUCGCCCGCCGGAUUCCCGUACGUGUAUAUCAGUGACGCUGCAGGAGCCAUCAUCGUACUGGAUAUUCAUCAUAAAAAAAUGUACAGAGUAGUGCUACCUCGCGCCAUUUCUGCCGGUUGUGGAGAAUCAGACGUCCUCUAUUUGCUGCUCGUCCGUAGACCUAAGAAUCAAAACAUGGUCAUUUUCUCGUACCUGUGCGGAAAUAAAGUGUACGGCAUUACGUCGGAAUGCCUACGCACUGGAAAGGGUUCCAGUGCAAUCGUUGAGCUCGGCAGCAAGACACGGCAUUCCGUCCUACUCGGAACUGACGGAAGCAACAAUGUGAUACUGCGAUAUCGAAGCGAGAGUGAGCUCUACAAGUGGAAUUCUGAUCAACCGUACAGGGAGUGCAAUUUUGAGUUGGUACAACUUGCAGAGGAGUGCAGGCUGAGCACGCAUGUUGCACCGGGAGGAAAAGAUGACUUAAUGUACUCACUGUCAUCAAACGUGGCCGACUAUCUGAAUCACACUUGCGGGGCGGGGGGUGCUUCUGCUCGACUCAAAAACAUUUGUAAGGAAUGUGAAGACGAUUGUUACUAA